AUGGUAACAAACCAUAUUUCCAAAGUAAUUGGUCUCUCUUCUUUUGAUAAUACAGUUCCAAAAGGAUUAGAUACAAUUACAGCAAAGAACAACAACGCUGGAUCAACAGAAUCUCUUACAGAAGCUGUUGAAAACAUUAUUUCCUAUAUGACAGAUGUUUCAACAAGAAAUCAUCGAAUUCUUAUUUAUUUAAGAGUUGCUUUGAUUAUUCUUGUUUUUAUCAUUUACUUGAUCAUUGUUACAACUCAAAUAAGAAAAUUAAGAAAUGAUAAAAUUGUAAUAUAUGGAUUACUUUCAAGCUUACACAAGACAGUCAUUUCAAAUAUUUCCUAUUCAUUCACAAAGUUACAAAGAGAAGCAACAGCAACUACACAAUCAUUAGGAAGUAUCGCUGAGAUUGAACACAACAGACAGGAAGAAAGCAUCAUUAAACUCUUCUCUUCUAUUAAUGAUGAACAAUCAAAAGCAUCAGUUGAAAUGUACAAUUUAUUCAACUUUCUGUUUAUUGCAGUAGCUGGAAUUAUUGGUUUUUAUUUCAUCAUUGAAAGUUACUUGGAUGCUUCAACAGAAGUUGUUAAUAAUUGCUAUCAUAUCGACUAUAUGUAUGGAAGUAUUGCUCAUAUUUACAAGGUAAUGUCAAAUGUUUUUGAUCUUGUUUGGGAACAUUAUGAUAGUUCAUUCCAAAAUAUUUGUGUCAAUGAAACAGUUUCUUUACAAGAAAUCAAUGCAAGUUUACCUAUUGUUGCAAAUUACUUCCAAUUGUUAACUUUAGGCGGUCCAAAUCAGAUUCCAUUUUCAGGAAUGCAAGAAUCUGUUGACGAUGCAUCACAAACCAUCAAAUGCGGAAAUAUCUUAACUCCUCCAAAGAUCAUCCCAACAAGUGCUCAUUGCUUCUCAGCUGGAGGUCAAUUCUACCUCAUGAACAUGUUGAUGAGAAGAUUCUAUGGAAUGAUGACAGCUGAAAAUCCAGUUUAUGCCCUUCCAAAGGUGAUGGAAUAA